AUGGCCGACAAACCCUCCAUCUACAUUGACGAGGAGAAGGGCAUCGACGCCGAGUCUGCCACUGGCUCCGAGCAAGCUCCUUACAAGUCCGUUCAAUAUGCUUUCCUCCAACACGCCGACAACGCCCAAUACCUAGUGCGCAAGAGCGCUGAGGACCCCGAAUGGAAGCCCGCCGCAAAGGCUGCCUUGAAGAAGGCCGCCAACUACGCCGACGCCCAGAAGAAGAAGGCCGCAAAGGAGAAGGACCUCGCCAUCCGUCAGCAAAAGGAGGAAGAGGAUCGUCAGAAGGUGCUUGAGGAGGCCAAGAAGAUCGAGGUCAAGGAGGACCCCUCGCUGCCUGCCGCCUUGAAGAUGAAGCUCGACAACAAGGCCGUCCAGCUCGGUGGUAACGGUGUCGAGAAGGGCACUCGCGUCCGCGUCUUCGGUCGUGUGCACCGCUACCGCGGCCAGAAGGGCAUGGUCUUCAUCACUCUCCGUGAUGGCUACGGCUUCAUGCAGUGCAUCCUCCAGGGCGACCUCGCAAAGUCAUACGACGCCAUCACUCUCCAGCGCGAAAGCAGCAUGGAGAUUGUCGGUGAACUUCGUGCUGUCCCCGAAGGUAACCACGCUCCCGACAACCGCGAGCUGCACGCCGACUACUUUAAGGUCCUGUUCAAGGCUCCCGGUGGUGACGACGCCAUCACCAACAAGGUCCAGGCCAAGGGUGAUGCCCAAACCCUCCUUGAUCUCCGCCAUCUCACUCUUCGUGGAGAGGUCGCUUCCAACGUCAUGUUCGUCCGCGAUGCUGUCGAGUACGCUUUCCACCAGGUCUACAGAGAGGUCCGCUGCCGCAAAGUCUCUCCUCCCGCCCUUGUGCAGACCCAGGUUGAAGGUGGUGCCACUCUGUUCAAGUUCGACUACUACGGCGAGCCCGCCUUCCUGACCCAAUCUUCGCAACUCUACCUCGAGACGGUAUUGCCCUCCAUGGGCGACGUCUACUGUAUCGAAAAGUCCUUCCGCGCCGAAAAGUCCCUCACCCGCCGCCACUUGUCCGAGUACACACACGUCGAAGCCGAACUCGACUUCAUCACCUUUGACGACCUGCUCGUCCACCUCGAAGAAGUCAUGUGCCGCGUCAUCGAAAUCACCAUGAGCGACCCCAAGAUCGCCGCCAUCAUCAAGGAACUCAACCCCGAGUUCCAAAUGCCCCAACGCCCCUUCAUGCGCAUGAAGUACAGUGAAGCCAUUGACUGGCUGGUCGAGCACAACAUCCCCAACGAAGAAGACCAACCCCACAAGUUCGGAGACGAUAUUGCUGAGGCUGCUGAGCGUAGAAUGACUGAUAUCAUCAACCGUCCCAUCUUCCUUACCCACUUCCCCGUCGAGAUCAAGGCUUUCUACAUGCAAAAAGACAAGGAUGACCGUCGCGUCACCGAGUCUGUCGAUUGCUUGAUGCCUGGUGUUGGUGAGAUUGUUGGUGGCUCAAUGAGAAUGGACGACUAUGAUGAGUUGAUGGCUGCCUAUGAGCGUGAAGGCAUUGAUCCCAAGCCUUACUACUGGUACACCGAUCAGCGCAGAUACGGCUCGUCCCCCCACGGCGGCUACGGACUCGGUCUCGAGCGCUUCCUCGCUUGGCUGUGCAAACAGCACACCGUCCGCGACACUUGUCUGUAUCCUCGUUACAUGGGCCGCUGCACUCCUUAG